AUGGGUGAAGCUGUGGAUGCUAAGCUGCUCCGGCAGACCAAGUUUCCCCCUGAGUUCAACCAUAAGGUCAAUCUGAAGAAAGUCAACAUCGAGGUCAUCAAAAAGUGGAUUGCAGGACGAAUCAACGAGAUUCUCGCCAACGAAGAUGAUGUCAUCAUCGAGUUUUGCUACUCUCUGCUUGAAGCAAAGGAUAUUCCUGAUAUCAAAUCUAUGCAAAUUCAACUGACAGGAUUCCUUGACAAAGACACUCCCAAGUUCUGUAAGGACCUGUGGUUGCUGUUAUUGAGCGCCCAAGAGAAUCCCCAGGGCGUUCCAAAGGAACUGUUGGAAGCGAAGAAGCUUGAGCUCAUGCAGGAAAAGUAUUUGAAGCUUGAGGCGGAAAAGGCUGCGGAAGCCGCUCGACAACAGCGAGAGCAGGAUAUGGCCCGGGAGGCCCUGGCCGUACUCCUAACGAUCCCUCUUUCAGCCGUCGACGAUCGCGGUCACCUCGCAACCGAAGCCGUGAUAGAUACCGUGAACCCCCCACUCGCCGCGAGUUCGAUUCCUACGUCCCACCUAGAACCGGCCGAGGUCGCCCUAACCGCUCUCCUUCUCGCUCCCCUCCUCGCCGACCUCGAUCCCCUCGUGGACGCCGUGCUCGGUCUCCCGACCGCCGCCGAACCAGAUCCCCCGACUCGCGCGAUCGCGCAGGAAACAGGGGCAGCCCAAACUACGGUGAACGACACAGACUCCCUGACAAGUAUGAAUCAUUCAGCUCACGAAUUCCCAGAAGAGAUGAACGCCCCCAGCGCUCAGUCUCCCGCAGCAUGA